UAAAAGUGUUUGGUAAAUAACCGUUAAUUAUUACUUGUAAUUCUUUCAGUGUAUGUAAUAGCUAAAAAGCUAAAUACUAUGUAUUAAAUAAGCUAAUUAAAAAAGCUUUUUAUUAUCUUUUGUUUUUAUUUUUAUAUUUUUCAAAAAGAGCCUUUUGAGUCCAAAAGACAUUUUCAGUAAGUAAUUGACCUAACACUCAAAUUAGUUUAUUAAUUGAUCAAACCUUUAAUAGACUUCAGUAAGUUGAAAGCUCUCUAAAAAACUCAUUACCAAACACGACCUAUUUGUUGUAAGAAUUUUUACUUUCCAAUCUGAGUUCAUUUUUCAUUAGAAGCACUUUAACGGUGAAUUUCCUUACCUUUCUCAUUGCAAAAUGUAUAGCCCAUUGAAUUAGACGGAGUUAACUUUUAAGGCCUACGUAAUUUUUAUUAUAAAUAAAAAUCAACUAUCAACACAACAAUUCAACACACCAGAAACAACCAAUUAAUUAAAUUCUAUCCAAAUAAAAAAAAAAAAAAUUCAAAUACAGUUGAAAAGGUCAACGCCUCUUCCUAUCCUAGGUGGCAAGAUAUUAUUGGUUGAUAACCUAAUGCGUAUUUUGCUCCCCACCUAUUUUCACUACUUUUUUAAGAAUUAGAUUUAUUUUAAUUAUAAUAUUUACUACAACAUUUAAGGUAUUAAUUAAUCAAAAGACAGCAAAUAUUCUUUCUCUGAUCCCUCUUUCUUUCUUUGUUUUCAAUCACCUCUCCCACCUUUCUUGUUUGGCUUCAUAUAUUUCUCAUUUCUCUAUACAUCUCUUAUUUUUGUUAUUCUUUUCAUCGAUGGAGAUUUAGAGCUUCAUUAUCUUGUUGAUCUCAGCAAAACCAAGGAAUUUUUGAGAUAAGAGGUUGAGUUUGAAUUUGAUAAUUAAAAGAGAAAAUUCAUGGCAACAUUAAGGGGAAGUGGUGGUGGAGGAAAGGAAAUAAAGAGAGGAACAUCUCCUUCAAGUUCUGUUAUCAAGAAAUCUCCUAAACCUUCAUCAUCUAAUCCUAAUGAUGAAAAAACCAGUUCAACUUCAGACACCAGCAAACCUGUCCCUAACUAUCUCAAACCUACCAUGAGCUCGAGUCUUGACUUCUCGAGGAUUCCUAAGAAAUCGAGCACAGAGGCCUCUGCCCAAAAACCGGCUCUCAAUAGGAGGAGGUCCUUUGAGCGCCCCCCACCUGCAUCCCAAGUCAGUAAGGCCAUUUGCGGUCCUCCUGCAGGGACUCGUGACAUUAAGCCUCAACGAUCAACUUCCUUCUCGAAUAAAACAGUCACUCCUUCUGAGUCCUCUUCCUCCUCUACAAAGUCAUCCUCAGAGAAAAGCUAUGCUAGGGCCUCGAGUUUGAAGGAUAGGAAGGUAGGACCUCAGAUGACUAAGUCUUGGAGUAUCAAAAAGAGUACAUUGUCAUCACCAAGUACCAAAAGGGAGCCUACAUCAUCAUCUUCCUCUUCUACUAAGAAGCCUCCUAGAAGUGUGACUUCUGAAUCAAGUGUAGACUGUGAGAGUCGAUCAGUUGAUCGUUUGGUUAUUGAGGAUGAGUUUGUGAACAUUGAUGACAGUGAGGUUCAGUCUCUUCCUGAGAUGUCAGAGAUGCCUGACAGCAAUAGUGAGCUUGCUGACCCUACUGAUGUAGAGAUGAAGGAACUCGAACAUGUUGAAGAGGAUCCAAAGGAAAGCAUUGUAGAGGAAGAUCAUCAGCCUCAUCAUGAGGAUAAAUUGACAGUUGUUGAACAGGUAACGGAGGAGCCUGCAGCGGUCUUGGAGGAAGCUGCAGCAGAACAGGAGAGUGAAAAAUCCGAAGAUCAGAAUCAGACUGUCGAAGAAGUAUCAGUUGAUAAUCAGCCAAAGGUUGAGCCUGCAGAAGAACAGAAUCUGGCAGAGGAUGCAGAGGAUUACGAAGAUGACUCUGACAUUAAGGUACUAGAAGUGGAUCCCCUUGAAAUAAAAGUGGAAGAAACAAAGAAGGAAGAAGUAGAGGAACCAAAGGAGCCAGAAGCCGAAAAGAAAGAGGAAGAGGAAAAAACAGAAGCAAAGGAUGAGAAGCCGGUUGAGGAAGCUGUCAGCAGUCCGCCUGCAGACACUGCUGCUGCACCUGUGAAAAAACAGGCUGCAGCAGCCGAAAAGAAAGAAAAGCAAGAUUAUAAUGAUGUGAUUGAAGAGACUGCAUCUAAGCUUAUGGGAACCAGCGGCUCAAAGAGGCCGAACAAGGUUUUGGCCUUAGCUGGUGCAUUUGAGACUGUCAUUUCUUUGCAAGACACUAAAAAGGGCUGAUCAUCAUCCUACUUAUACAUUGGAGUCGAUUUCGAGUUGCUCGGGGUGAGAAGAAGAGAAUUGGUUUUAUUCAUUAAUUAAUUUGUCUAUUACAUUUUCCCUUUUAUUGUUUUUCUUUUACUGGAUUAGACCAGCUGUUCUUUGAGGUUGGAAUUAAUUGGGAAACAGUUUGCUUUGCUUUUGUA